UGCAAAGGAGAUGUGCCACCGCACAACGAGCUCUGCCAAGCACCAGAUGACGGGCUGAGGGGUGCGUUUGAAACUCCGGGAGUGGCUUGGAUGACAGCAGUGGCUGUGAACGUCCUACCCCCAACUGGAAACAAUAUGAAUACCUCGGUCCUCACCCCCCAGGGAAAUAUUUCUGGUCCCCUGAAUUUUUCUGAGACAAGCUCACAGAUUUUGCAGUUUGAGGAUGAGGAUUGCCAUGUGCCUUUGGCCAUGGUCUUCACUUUGGCCUUGGCUUAUGGGACUGUGAUAAUCCUGGGAGUCUCUGGGAAUUUGGCCUUGAUUGUCAUUAUUUUAAAACAAAAGGAAAUGCGCAAUGUGACCAACAUCCUCAUUGUCAACCUAUCCUUUUCUGAUCUUCUAGUGACCAUCAUGUGUCUUCCCUUUACCUUCGUGUACACUUUAAUGGACCACUGGAUUUUUGGGGAGGCCAUGUGCAAAUUGAAUCCUUUUGUGCAAUGUGCCUCAAUCACCGUCUCAGUCUUUUCUUUGGUCCUCAUUGCUGUUGAACGCCAUCAGCUAAUCAUCAAUCCUCGGGGCUGGAGGCCAAGCAAUAGACAUGCCUACAUGGGCAUUGCUGCCAUAUGGGUUUUAGCCGCGGCUUCCUCUUUGCCUUUCCUUAUUUACCAUGUGUUAACAGAUGAACCCUUCAGGAACAUAACAUUUGAUGAAUAUAAGGACAAAUAUGUGUGUUUGGACCUUUUCCCCUUGGACACUGCCAGGCUUUCUUACACCACAACGCUUUUGGUGAUUCAGUACAUUGGACCGCUUUGUUUUAUAUUUAUUUGCUACUUGAAGAUAUACAUCCGAUUAAAAAAAAGGAACAACAUGAUGGACAAGAUGAGAGACAAUAAAUACAGAUCCUCUGAAACCAAAAGGAUCAACAUCAUGCUGAUCUCAAUAGUGGUUGCAUUUGCAGUUUGCUGGCUGCCUCUCACCAUCUUCAAUAUUGUGUUUGAUUGGAAUCAUGAAAUUCUGCCUGUCACUACCUGUAGCCACAACCUGUUGUUCCUGAUUUGCCACCUCACUGCCAUGAUCUCUACCUGUGUGAACCCCAUCUUCUAUGGGUUUCUUAAUAAGAACUUUCAGAGGGACCUACAGUUUUUAUUUCAUUUUUGCAAUUUCCGCUCCCAAGAGGAGGAUUAUGAGACCAUAGCCAUGUCCACCAUGCACACAGAUAUUUCAAAAACCUCGUUAAAGCAGGCAAGCCCAGUUGCAUUUAAAAAAAUUAAUAGUGAGGAUGAUGACAAAAUAUAAAGUAAUAAAAAUUCUACACCUGGAAGUGUGAUCACAGGUGAAAUGUGUCCAAGGACAAGCACAAUUACAUAACAAGUACAAAAUGGGUGAUGUUUUCUUCUUUUCCCAAGGAACUUUGAAUGUUGUCGCUUUGAAGUUAUACGCUGUGCAUUUUUGCCUCUUUUACUGCUUUAACGUUCUCAGCAGUUAUAUCUGAAUCUUAUUAACAGACAUAGUGGGACCUGCUACUACCUAUGGGUUUCAUAGAGAGCUGUCUGGUUCUGUUUCUUUUUACAGUUAUGCACUUUAGCACAAAGAUAAAUUUAUUGAUUUUUUUUUUCCAAAGAAGUAGUUGUCAGGAGUGUUCAUAUAAGACCUUUAGAAAGAAUAUAAACCACAGGGAGGCUGUCACUACAGAGGACACCCAUCCUAGAAUAA